AGCGGCCGAGUCUUCAGGAGACCCGGGGACAACACCGCCCAGGCCCCUGGUGAGCUUGGGUUCUGCGGCAAAAGGGACUGAGGUUUGCAGGCCUUUCUGAUAUAUCCAUCUCACAAGACAUCCCUGUGGAAGGAGAAAUCACCAUUCCUAUGAGAUCUCAUAUUCGGGAAUUUGACAGCUCCACAUUAAAUGAAUCUGUUCAGAAUACCAUUAUGCGUGAUCUAAAAGCUGUUGGGAAAAAAUUCAUGCAUGUUUUGUACCCAAGGAAAAGUAAUACUCUGUUGAGAGAUUGGGAUCUGUGGGGCCCUUUGAUCCUUUGUGUGACACUUGCAUUAAUGCUUCAAAGAAGCUCUAUAGAUAGUGAAAAGGAUGGAGGACCCCAGUUUGCAGAAGUGUUUGUCAUUGUCUGGUUUGGUGCGGUUACCAUCACCCUCAACUCAAAACUUCUUGGAGGAAACAUAUCUUUUUUUCAGAGCCUCUGUGUGCUGGGUUACUGUAUACUUCCCUUGACGGUGGCAAUGCUGGUUUGCCGGUUGGUGCUUUUGGCCGAGCCAGGACCUAUAAACUUCAUGGUCCGUUUUUUUGUGGUGAUCGUGAUGUUUGCCUGGUCUAUAGUAGCUUCUACAGCUUUUCUUGCCGAUAGCCAGCCUCCAAACCGCAAAGCCCUGGCCAUUUAUCCUGUUUUCUUGUUCUAUUUUGUCAUCAGUUGGAUGAUUCUCACAUUCACUCCUCAGUAAAGCAGGAAAUGGAAAUUAAAAACCAGUGAAUUGAAAGCUCAUCUGAAAGAUGCAAUUCACCAUGGAGCUUUCCCUCUGGCCCUCUUUUGUGUAAUUUUGGAGGUAUUUGGUAUGUGAGGAUAUUAAAAGGGAGCCAUAAAGCACCAUCACUGCUUAUAAGGAACUGAUGUUUGAAAGGCUGUCCUUUGCCUCUUGAUGUUAUUUCUUUAAAAUAUGUAGUAUAUGCAGUAUAGUGCUGCCUUAAGGCGUGAUAGGGUCACUGUGGUCCAGUCAAGUGAUAGCCAAUGAUUUGGGAAGCACAUGAAUACAUCCUGCAAGUUGAGUGGAAUUAACUGCUGUAUUUUCAGUUUUGAGAAUACCAGUUCAGGUGCGGAUCUUAAACACAUUGCCUUAUGACUAUUAGAAUAUGCCUCUCUUUUCAUAAAUAGGAAUGGGUAGUCUAUCCAUUUUGUUUUAUUUCUUUCUUAGGCUUAAAAAGGCAAUGACAGAGGUUGGGAAGGGGCUUCAUAAUUGCAGAGGAGAAAACAUGCAUUAACCAGUAUUCAGAUUUUGACCGGAGAAAAUUCUGCACUUGUUGCUUUCUAAAAAGCGAAGGACAGGUAAAGAAUCAGCUUCUUUAGUUGUUCUGUAUGGUUCCCUUUCCACCAUGUUUAUUAACAGCACCUCAUUGACACUCUAGUUUUUAAUCUUGCUCCCUAGCUCUGAAUAGGCAAGCUGUUCAUAGUCAAUAUGUAAUUCCCUGUCAUUGAAGCUCUUGGUGGACCAGUGCUUGAACUUAUCCAAGUGGGAGACCUCAAGAAUUUUAGAUCGUUAGGCCCUUAAUGCAUAUUAUCAUUUGGGCACUUGUUCUUCAGGGUAGAUUGAAGCAUUUUGGACACAGCAUAGCUCUAAGGAAGCCCUCAUUAUUCUGUGUAGUCUGGGCUUUAACUAGAAAGUAAAGCUAAAUCAGAAGCCUGCAUUUAACCCCAUGCACAUGGAGGGAUUUAGUGUUCUGAUGGCUGGUUCACAGAACAGCUAGAUGCUUAGAGCAUGACGUUGGAUGCCAUGGGUUUACAGCUGCCACCUCUUCAUAGUGGGCUUAGCAGUUUUUUCAUUAGUUGUGCUUUUUGUGUUGGGUAAUAGCAAUUUAUUUUCUUGGUUUUAGACUAUAUUUGUAAAGCUGCUUAGCUCUUCUUUAGACAAGUACUUUUUUUUUGCACAUGUGCACCCACUUGUAUUCUCAGCUAUUUAUACACACAAGUGUGAAGGCUUUUCAGGGAGCAGAGUGUCUGGAAAGGCUGAUUCAAAGCUAAACAGGGUUCCUUUAGGGUAAUAUGAACUGCUGCCAUCUAUAAAUUGCACAUUGAAGAACUCUUAAUAGACAAAAGAUUAGGAGUCAGGCCGAAAACAUUCAUUGUAUAUACAGUUACUUAUAAAGAUAGGAAUUUAUUCCAUGGUUUUUCUUUAUCAUGGAAUCUAAAUAUUUAUUCAUUUUUUUAUCUAAAGACUAUCUACACAUGGAUAUAUAAUUUUAAAAACGUAUUUUGUCCAUUCCCAGAUUAACCAAGAAUACUACUAGGACAAAUGGGUUCUUGGAGUUAUCACUAAAUUACUGAGCAUUUCAAAGUUGUUCCUCUCAAUACCAGCCUUCUCCAGAGGUUUUGGUUAUUAUAUAUUCGUAUUCAUUUUAAUUUCUCUUCUAAAUUUUAAAAUAAACCUGGUGAGCACAAAGCCAAUUUUUCAGUCUUGAAUUGGUAAAGACAAUAUUUUGAAACUGGUUUUGAUUUUGAAAUUGGUCCUUAAUUUAUCAUCCAUUUCCAUCGUCUGAAAUUUCCCAUCCUUUACUAAAAACUUCUCUUUUCCAAAGUUAUUUCAUUAUCUGUCCCAGUGGUUAUAAUGUAAAAUUAAAGAAAUGAUCAUGUUUUUCAAAAGGGAAUUGCCUACCGAAUUUUACUCAGGCUAAAUAUUUUGAUCAGAAAUGUUUAAGGUUACAACAGGGGUGGCAGUUUUAUGAUGGGGAGUGGGGAGGGGGUUAUAUUGGGUGUUAAGGCAGUUUGUUCUGUGUGUUAAUCUCUUGCUCUUGGGUGAUUUAAGGAAUGGUUUUAUUUGAUUUAAUUGAAGAUGGGUAAAAUGGAGAUUAUCUUUCUGAAAAUGAAUGGUCAGUUUUAUGGUAUAAAUGAUUAUUUUCUUAAUAUAUACAAAAAAAGUGCAUUGCUUUUUGUGGCAGAAGACCUGACUCUCUGGAAGUUAUAACCCUCAACAUAGCUUUCCCUGGUUUGCUGCAAAGGCACAUAGCUAAUUAUAGAAAGAAGGACUAGAAGAGAAAGGGAUUUUAACAAAGGAAAUCCUGUUCUAGGAAUUGGGAAGUUUCAUGCUUUAGUUGAAACUCAAGUGUGUGAGCAUCAUUACCAAAUAUACUGCAUCCUUGCCGAAUGUGGUGCAUCACUGUCAUGGGUUGUCAUUUGCUCACCCUACUUCUGAGACUGAGCCUCUGUUGUAACAUUCUUUAGCAAUAGAAAGGUGAAGACUGGAUAUAAUUGCUCUUCAGAUUAUAAAAACUCAACUGAUGCAAACGUAUUUGAAUGUGCAGUGUAGUCUUAAAUGUCAACCAUUAAUUGUCAAGUCUUUUGCCUCUUGGGAGUCUUAUUACAUGAGUUGAAUAGGAUCUUUUUAUUGUGAUGGAUUUUUCUGUUGUUGGGCAAGGUGGGCUUGUCACAGGACAUAGGACCAGUCAGCAUUUUACUGUUUACUGUAUUUGUCUUUUUAUAAAGUAUCUCUCAGAUGUGAUUAGAAGGCUAGCAAGCCUGUAGUUAAAGAUGUAAUUGUGUACUUCUUAUAAUAAACUACUUACUUUACCUGGACUUCCUGAAGAUGAAAAUGAAAAUCUCCUGUCAUUUCAAAUCCUUGGGUGAUGACAAGUCAUUGGAAUUUAUCUACAUGCUAUAAUGAUAUGAUCAGACAUCCAUUGCAUGAGCUGUUUUAUUCCAGAGUAAGAUACUGAAAUUGUUAUUCUUAAUUAGACUGUUAAUUUCUGAGACAGUUUGGAUAGAGAUAAAUCUGUGAAUGUUAAUUCAUGUAUGUAAAUUAUAAAUACUUUUCUAGA